AUGGUUGGACAGGUCAAGGAGAUGCUGCUGCCGCCCAAAACUGGCAAUGAUCAGGUGAAAACAAAUGCCGCCAGCACCCCAACUCCAGUCAAACCGCCGACCACCAAGUCACCAAUGAACACUUCAACUGUGUCACCUUCACACCCACCGAAAAGCAAGAUGAUCUUUGCAGCCAAGUCCAAGCCUGGUCCCUUUUCUUCAGCUGCUGCUUCUCAACCGUUUUCUGGGCUUUACAAGCGAAUGGCCGAAGAGGAUGAAGUGGGCGUCACCAGCAACAGCAACAGUCAGCCAAACAAGAAGAAAGCGGUCACUGUGGAACUGCAGAUUGAUGGUCCACUUGGUGACGAGGAUGACUAUGGUGACGUAGCCAUCGAUGACAGUGCUGGUGGCGGCAACAUUGAGCUGGCGAACAUCAGUGCCAAUCCAAUCAACAAUGUUUCAAAUGUUUCCGAAAAACAUCGACGUCAACCGACUCAAUCAGGAAAGCAUCCCUGCACUGAGCCGAACUGUGGCAAGCACUUCUUAAGCAACGCUGAACUGAAGCGUCACAUGCGAACGCACACCAAAGCCAAACCAUUUGGGUGCACCUUCCCCGGCUGCUCUAAAGAGUUCAGUCAGCGCGAAAACGCAAUCCGCCACAUUCUCACUGUGCAUCUCAAGAAACAGAAACCUAACAAUGCUGAAGGGGGUGGAAAUGAGGUAGCAGACGAUCCCUCCGAUCCAUCGACCUACCUCACCGUGAAAGAGGAGUUGCUCUAA